GCGCGCAUGUGCAGAACUGUCAAACGCGUCGAAAGCCUGGAAACUCGGCGCUAAUGUCUCCGCCGCCACCCAAACACUAACACCACGGCUCGACCGACGCGUCAGCUGCUUUAUUAUUUACCUUUCUACAAUGAGACCAAGAUUUAAAACACGGAAACAACACCGUCGCUGCGCCUCGACUGGGAAUACAGCCGGGUUUCCUCCUCGGACCUCUGCGUGCUGAAUGAAGACAGUCCGCUGAAGCCGUUCCCGACGAGCCGUGGACUGGAAAAAUGUGAUUCGGGAAAUCGGGCGUAGUUUCGCUGCUCCGGUGGUUUACGCGUUUUCCGGACGACGUUUCUGCUCGCGUGAAGUACUUUUCGAGCGGCCGCUGUUUGCGGGGCUGCGGGCCGGACGGUGACACGUUGCGCGCUAAGCUAAUUUAGCAUUUAACUCGGGGGAUUCAGACGCAGCGGUAAUCCGUUUACAGGACGCCGCGGCUGUUUAGAGACGCGCGGAUCCGCGCAACGUUACAAAACACGGCGAAUAAAGCCGAAGCGGACCUGGGCGAGGUCGUGUGGUUUCGGCCGGCCUGUUUUGGGAUCAAGCGUCUGGUUAAUUUCACGUUUUCUCUCGGGAUGUUCACUGACGGGUGCAGGUGAUGACCUGUAAGUGAACUUAUCGUCGGUGUGUGUGCGUGUGAGAGAGGAUCGUGAUGGCUCAGCGGGAGAAUGGACGCCUGUCGUCCGAGGACACUAUGAGCGUGAGGACACUGGGCAGUCAGUUCGACGAGGAGAGCUCUUUCGGGUCGGACUCGGAGAUCAACGGCUUCACCAGCUCGAGGCAAACGGACAAGUACGGGUUCAUCGGGGGAGCCCAGCAGUAUUCGGCCGAAUCGGCUCAAGACGUGCCUCUGGAAGUGUUAAGGCACAGGGAAGCCAAAUGGUUGGAUAUGUUGAACCACUGGGACAAAUGGAUCGGUAAAAGAUUCAAGAAGGUGCGACUGCGAUGUCAGAAGGGAGUCCCGCCAUCACUGCGAGGCAGAGCCUGGCUCUACCUGUCGGGUGGAAAAGUGAAGCGAGAACACAACAAAGGGAAGUUCGAUGAGUUGGAUGGCAUGAGUGGAGACCCUAAGUGGGUUGAUGUGAUAGUGAGAGAUCUGCACAGACAGUUCCCCUUCCAUGAGAUGUUUGUGUCCCGAGGAGGUCAUGGGCAGCAGGACCUGUUCCGGGUGUUGAAGGCUUACACCCUGUACAGACCGGAUGAGGGUUACUGCCAGGCUCAGGCUCCUAUAGCAGCAGUGCUUCUAAUGCACAUGCCUGCUGAGGAUGCAUUCUGGGGGCUGGUUCAAAUCUGUGAGAAGUACCUCCCUGGAUAUUACAGCGCAGGCCUGGAGGCCAUACAGUUGGAUGGAGAGAUCUUAAAUGCGUUAUUAAAGCGCGUGAGCCCUCCGGCUUAUCGUCAUCUUGAGAAACACAAGAUAGAGCCCAUCCUCUACAUGACGGAGUGGUUCAUGUGUGCAUUUUCCAGAACUCUACCCUGGGCGUCUGUGCUCAGAGUGUGGGACAUGUUCCUGUGUGACGGAGUGAAGAUUAUAUUCCGUGUUGGGCUGGUGCUGCUGAAAUGCAUGCUGGGAUCUCGUGAGAAACUGAAGGCCUGUCCCGGUCAGUACGAGACUAUGGAGCUUCUCAGGGCCCUGGAGCCACGAUACAUGCAGGAGGGCUUUCUCGUUCAUCAGAUAUUAGAGCUGCCCAUAUCCUCCCGGGAUGUGGAGCGAGAGCACCGCGUACAGCUCAAGCGCUGGAGGAAAACUCACGGCGAGCUCAGCUACAAGUCCCCUCCCAGAAUGCACGGCGCUCACGCCAUCAUGUCAGCCGAGCCCCACACCCGCCAAGACCUCCGGCAGAAGCCCACCAUCAUCGUCCAGUACCCCUUGCCCUCAGACACUAAAUCAGAAUUCGCGCGCGAAAAGAAGAGAAGCACUAUCCGAAAAGCCCCCAGCCUGACAGUGGACUUCCCAAACCCCUACGCCCUGCCUACAGACCCCAAACCAGCCAAUCAAACACAAGAGACGGCCUCGAGCAAUGAGUCCAGCCGUCCUCCUCCAUCACUACAGCCACCCGACCUCACUACACCCUCCUCCGCCCCGCAGCCUCCUCAUCCGUCUCCAAAGCUGUCUCGCACCCCGCCACCUCCCCAACCCUUCCCCAAACCCGCACAUCCCACCGGGCCCCCUGCGGUCAGCGUCCCGCCGCUCUCUCUGCCCAAACACUCGAGCAACACCAACAACUCGGCGCGCCUGACAGAUCCUCCACCCGCCACGGACUCCGCUCCGCCUCCUCCGGAACCCUCACCCGUGAACGGGAACUCUGCCGAUGCUCCCAGAGUUCCCGCUUUGCGUAACUCCUGCGAGAGCGUGGGGUCGGAAGACACGUACCUGUAGCUUUCCACGUCAGCAGCGUUCAGGGAGAAAAAAGUAUUGGGAACCAGCAUUAUUCGUGAGAGUAAGAUGGGAGAAACAACUAUGAAUGUAUUUUGAUUUUCUUUGGGUGAGGUGACAGAAAAUUUAGUCUUCAGUAUUUUACGCUAGUUAGUGUGAAGAACUUAAGAAUUUAUAUAAAGCUUAAUGACAAGGAUCGAAUGACUUAAAGACCUCUGAGACGUCGUUUCGGUGUCCGUGCACACAAACCCUUUUUUCUCUCUGUGAGGGUCCAUAAUUGAUUCCACAGACUUUGUUGCAAUGUUCAAAAAAAAUCUAACAAUUCUUCCAUUUAUUUCUCAAUCAUAAGCAGACUUUAUAAUCGAAGAUGUUUGGCUUGUUGUUGUGUUAUUCGCUGCUUAUCAAUGUUAGGUCACGUUGCAGUUAAUAAUGUAUGACUCUCGAUUCUAACUAGUCUUACGUUGACUUACAACUGCCACUAUUAUAAGUUUUUGUUUAGUUUUUUUUUUUCCUUUUUUAAUAAACAGUUUAAUGUAUAACUCGCGUAAGUGCAAACGAGCAUUUUGUGUGUCAACAUUAUGUCUGUUACCAUUAGCUACAUUCAAAUGUGAGUUAAAUAAAGCAGUUAAAAGUGAAAGCAUAAACUUUACUUUAAAAAAAAAAAAAAAAAGUGCAAAUAUUGUAUUUUUUAGUUGCGUAAAAGCUUGACACUGGGGUGGUACCUUUGAAAUGACAACUUUGUAUCUUUAAAGAGGUGCGUAUUAGCUCCUUUUGAGAGGCGUUUUGUUGUAAAAUUAAGUACAAAUUUGUCCCGUUAAGGAUAUUUCUCAAGUGACAAGCUUAUUUUUCACAUCUUUUGUUUGAAAAAGAAAUGUAUGAGUACUUUCUUCUGAUUUUUAUAAAUUUUUAUAAACUAUAUAUAUAUAUAUAUAUAUAUAUAUAUAUAUAUAUAUAUAUAUAUAUAUAUAUAUAUAACAUUGUGGAACAUUGGAGUCGCAGACAUACUAGAUGUGAUGUUGGAGUGUCUCUUUAACAAAUCAGAUGUAUUUAUUUCGUUGCUAAUAUGAGAAACUGAAGACUGUAAACCCAUCUCAUCUCAAGCCACCAGGUGGCGCACGUUUCCUACAGAUCAUUCAUUUAGUUUGCUCAACUGUCAGAGAUGUCAGCCUGUUACAUUGGGAAUCACUAGUUACUUGUGCAGUCCUCAUCUGUGAAGAGAAUGUGUGACACAGCUGAAAGUGCUGCUGCUGUUUUGUUUUCGGGCGCAGACACGAUUGCAUGUUAUCUGGGGAGUCAUUUUUAUUCACAUUGCAUUUUAAUAAUAACUCCAGUUAUUAACUAUUCUAAUCUGUCAGAUUUUCAAAUGCAAUUUAUUGUUUCAGAUUAUGGGAGCACUGUUUGCUUUUUGUUUGCUUUUGUUUUUUUUUAACUAAUGCUACAUAAGAACUUUGAUAUAUAAAUCAAUCAAUCCUCAACAACUGACUGUCGCCUAUAUGUAGGUUUUGUACAAAAUAAAAGCACUUCUAAUAAGA